AUGCCCCGGGACGACCCCGAUGGCGAGAUGCUUUUGAACACCCCUUCCGAAGGGGUUGACUUCUUCGAGGAGGCCACGGGGGCUGGAGGGGGUGGAGCGGGCGACAACGAGAGGGAGAUUGGGGGUGAACAGGGCGAGGAGAGGGCCGGUCGCGAUGAGGCGGGGGAGGGAAGCAGCGAGGAGUCCGACGAUGACGACGCCCUGCACGCCGGCUUAGUAGAGUCAGGGGGGGCAGGUGUAAAAGGUGAUGUGACACUCGACGAGAGUCCGCAGGGUGGGGGGGUAGCCGGGGUAUCAAGCAAGGGUGCCCCCAAGGUUACCCUCGGAGACUGCGUCAAGUCGGCGCAGACCGUACCCAGUCUCUUGAAGACACUAGAAGUUUGCAAGGUGCUGUAUGUCAGGAAGAAGGAGACGUUCCACCACGCCUUCCAGCAAACUAGGCAGGCUAGGAAUGAUGCUUUCGACCGGGGGCCAGCAGAGUCUGGGGCUUCGGCAGAGGCUGGGACUUUGGCAGGGGCUGGGGCUUCGGCAGCGGCUGGGACUUCUCCGGCCGCUGAGGAUUCGCCAGAGGCUGGGGUUUCGGCGGCGUUCGGUCGGCUGCUGGAGGCGAUUCACCUUGUCGAGACCGUAUGUCUCGAGGGCCGGCAGGUCGUCGACGAUACGCUCGAGGCAGUGGAUGACGGGGUUCUUGAAUUGACGAAAAUCAAGAGCAAGGUACAGCGCCAGAAGCAGAGCAUUCCAACUCCCAGCUUGCGAUUGCCGGAGGAGCUUGGUUACAUCUUCAUAUCUGAGCCCGGGUGCAAGCGAGAAGAAAUGGUGCAUGCGCCCGCUGCUCUUGUUCUCACCACACGUAUCAAGGCGUUGAUGGUGCGAUACGUGGAGGCAGUCGUUCAAGUAGCGAAGGAAGAAACGGCAGUCUUCGUCAUGACCGGCUUGCGCAUCAUGGUGGUAUCUUCGCUUCUCGGGCAAGGCAACACGGGCACUUUGAGGCACAUGGCAUGGCGAGAGAGUGGGCCAUGGACGUUUUUCUCACCGUGCGCCAACGAGGCUGGGGUGAACAUGUCCACCAAACGCAAGUGCCCCGCUUGCGCAGAACAGGUCCUGGUUAAUACCGCCUGCCUCCGGGCCUUCUCAUUCUGCCUCGUCAUCGGGACCAACGCACUCGAGAGCUUCAAUGGGAGUGUCGCGGCCAUGGUGUCCAAGCGCAGCGACUUCUACAUCAGUCACGUGGGCAGAGCCCAACUUGCUCUCCUAAAGCGGUGCUUCCCCGGAGGGUACCGCGAGGUUGUUAGGCGAAUUCGCAAGGCGUGUGGACUACCGCCGCUAACCAAUCGGGCGGAAGAGGAGACACUCGUCCACCAGAGGAAGGCAAGGCACCUUAAGGCGGGCCACGAAGUGUGGAGCAGUGCCGCCGUGAGGGCGGGCAGCGACAGCAAACUCAAGAGGAAGCAUAGACGGUCCCUUGUCCAAACAAAACACGGCGCGGAGCUUAAGGCCGCCAACGAAAGAGGUCAGGCGGAGCUCUACAAAUCCGUGGGUGAGGAUGGAGGGGACGGAGCACAGGAGGGGGGAGAGGGGGGGGGGGG